GUGCAUUCCAAACAGGCGAGCCGCAAUAUCGCCAAUGGUCAAGGAUGUCAGCGUAAUAAUAACUUGUCAGGUUUCCUCUCGGUGUUCAGAAUAGACCGCAAGUCGAUGACAGACGAUGAUCUGGAAUCGAUCAUCGUCACCGCUGGCUCGGCCUACUCGGAAGGACGGUACUUGGAAGCACUAGAGCUAUACGAGAAGGCCAUUGUGGCGAGGCCCACCAAUGCGAUCCUCUUUGCGAACAAAGCAGCGAUCCUACUUCGACUCGAUCGUCUCCAGGAGGCGCUCGUUAGCGCGCGAUCGGCCAUCGAACUCGAUCCCACAUGGGCAAAGAUUUGGUUCCAAAUUAUUCCCAGUCUGCAGUCACCUCAGCCCUGCAAAACCAAC